GAAUUAGAGAUCGAAUUGGUAAAUUUCGAAUUCGAAAGGAUAAUGAAGAUGUUAUUAUUGAAAUAUUAUUUAUUUAAGAACUUUUAUGUAAUAAAAAAAUUCGAAUUUCAUUAAUGACGUAAUAAUUUGUUCACAAGUGUUACAAUGUAACGACGAUCCAAUGAUCAACUGCAUGCAGAUCAGAAUAUUUUUCUCACCUAUUUUUUUUUUAAAAAAAAAUUUAUACUUAAAAUGGAGUUGCAGCAUAGGUUUAUUUCCAUUCAGUCUGUUCAUAAAGUGAUUCAGGCGAUAAUUGUAAACCCCGGAUCAGCUGAUACUCAUCCAAAGGGUACAAGUGAGCCUUCGCAAUUGGAAAAGUUUUGGUCUUUUGUUAUAUCUCCGUCUGAAAUAACAUCCUCUAAUGCCGUCAAUAAUAUUACUUUGCUUGUACAAUCGGGAGCUAUUUCUUGGAAUGACGCCUUGAAUAAGUUAACAGAUUCAUUGUCAACUCUCUCAGGGGUUCAACUUGAUAAUGUCAUAAUAGGAAUUACCAAUAUUUUGUUAUAUCAGGUGGAUACUCAAACUGAUUCUUCAUUAGAAUAUAAUUGUCCAUUUAGAGUUCGUGGUGGAAUGACACAUCCUUAUAUUCUCAUUAUUUCAACAAAAACAAACGAAUCUUGGUCAUUUUUACUUACACAAAUUGAAAGAAUUUUUGAUAUGUCAAGACUUGAAUUUAUUAAAUCUAAAACUCCAGAAAAAAGAUCCGCAUUUUUGCGAAAUAUUUUAAACAUGAUCCACCCAUUUUUGGAUUUCAUUAUUUUAGAUGGAGUUCAAGGUAAAUUUGAACUACAAAAAUACUGGACGUCUACUUUGGUGCAUUUUCUCAUUCAAAUUGUGUAUCAAAAUAUUGAUGAUAAAGAAUUUAUUGAAUUAAGAGAACAUGCGUUGAAAUAUUUGCUCUCAAUUAUUCAAAAAAUUCCACUUUCAUCUAUUACUUCGUAUAUUAAUUAUGAUGUUAAAAACAGUACAUUAUAUUUAUUAAUACAAUCAUUUAUUAAUAUUAUGGAAACAUCUUAUAUCAGAAAUAGUUUUUCGCCGUUUUUUUUGAAAGAAUUUAGUAAUGCUUUGAGUAUUCAAAUUCUUUCUAUAACAUGUGAUUUACAUAGAUCCAGUUUAUCUACAAGUCAUUAUGUGAAUUUACUUUUUAAGAUACUGAAACUUCAUUAUAAGUUUUCGGAUAUGAUUUCAAUACCAAAUUUUGUAAUAUUAUGGCCAUCGUUAAUUUUUUUACUAUCAGAUACUAAUUCAUGUGAAAGUCAAUCUAUUAUUCUUGAAAUUAUACAAGAAAUAAUUGAUACGAAAAUAAAUGAAUCAGAUAAGCAAAAUAUAAAUCCAGAAUUAAUUAAUAUAGCAAUUUUACCUUUGUUUCAGGUAAUAGCUGAUUCAACACAACAUAAAACAAGGAGUAUUGCUAUGGAAAUCCUUUUAAAUGUGCAGAAAUUACACGGAAUUCAAAGAAUCUCUGCUUCUAAUCAAAAGAUUUUAAAAGAGGUAUGUAUCUUUUUAAAAAUGUUAUUCUUAAUAAUUAUUUAUAUUAAUCAUAACUUGUAUAACUUGUAAUAGAUUUCAGAACUGUCAUCUUCAACAUUUAUUACCGGAACUCUUGUGGAAAUAUUAUCUGAGACAUAUAAUCUUUUAAAAAAUUUUCCUAUUUCUUCCGACAUAUUUAGAAUUGAUAAUCCAAAAUUACCCUUUGCCCCUCUUUUCCAUAUUUCCUACUUGUUUCAUAAUAAGGAAAAUAUAAGAAUUCAGGCUUUAGAUGCUAUUAUUUCUUUAAUAGACGAAAACACUUUAUUGGCUCAAUCAAAAAAGUUUCCAAUAUUCUUAUUAUUACUUUUUAUUUUAAGAAACGAUCUUUCAUCCUCGAUUCAUCUUCAUAUUUUACAUCAUUCUUUACC